UGUAUCUACAGAAUUGCGUUUCCAUAGUUAACAUUUGAUUUGAAUUUUUUUUCCCAAAUUCUAACUCAUGAAGUGUUAAUGAGUUUUUUCCCUACAUUGUUAUUCAAGAUACAAACAUGGAAUAUGAAUUUUCGUCAUCUAAAGUCCUAAAUGAUAUACCAGUACUUCCACCUCUUAUCACAAGUGAUAUUGUGACAGAAAUUCGGUACUACAAACAGCUUGCUGUAGCGGUUCAAGAGAGAUUAAAGGUAUUAGAAAGUAGGAAAAAAGUUGUAUCAGAGAAAUGUAAUAGUUUGUCAAACAAUCAUUACAUUCCAACUAACUUAAUAAAUGAUAAAUGUAGAAGUUGUGACCAAACAACAGUCACAUUUGGUAGAACAUUAGUUCCCGCUAUUAAAAGGGAUGAAUCAGCAUGCUUAAUUAAUUUCAACUGUGACUUAAAUAUGAAAACAAUAAAAAGUUUUAUUACUAAUACUGAUCAGACGUGUGAGUUAACUGACAAAAAGAAUAAUUUUACAUUGAAACAAUCGCAAGUAGAGCAUUAUGAUAAUUGUACAUCAAACAAAAGUAAUAGUUUGAUGCACAAAACACUCAAUGAAAGUAGCAGUUUUUCAGAUACCAAAAGGACUAGUAACAAUUCGUAUCAUCUUGAUCUAUCUGUUCCAAUUCAAAAGUAUAGUCCAGAAAGUACCCUGGAAAAGUGGAAACCACAAGUGCCUAAAUCUUUGGAUAUUGUGCCAAUAAUAUUAGAUCAAUCUAAGUCAUAUGGUAAGUUAUCUAUAAGUGAUGAAUCUCCAAAGUUAUUGCAAAGGGGUUCUUAUAUUGUACACCAAACCAGUCCAGUUCAUCUGGCUUUUAUUCAAAAUGAAAUACCAAGUACUGAUAAUAAGUGCACUGUCCCUGUCCAGGCAGUUGUGUGUAAAGAAUGGAAUACCAGCCAAAUCAAAGAUGAUUUGAAAGCUUCAGUAAAUAUGAAAAACUCACCUCAAUUUAACUUAUCAGCCAAGUUCCAAAGAAAUAACUUUCCUAAUAUUCUUUGUCAAAGAGCUUGCAAAUCAGUGUCAAAUUCUCAAACCGGAUCUCCAAUAGAUAUGUAUCAGACAAAGUCUGUGGAUUGUAUUCAAACCAUUUUUGCUGAAGAAUGUUACUCUUCGAAAGCUGCUGGUGGUAGAAUUAGCUUGCGAAAGUAUUCAUCAGCUUACACUGUAAGAGGUAUGCAUAAUAACAGUUGUAGAACAUUUGAUAAAAACAUUUCCAUUCAUCGUUUUACAGGUAAACUGUCUGAACCAUUUAGCAGUUCGAACAGUGCUAUACAAAAAUCAGUUAAAACAAGUGACAAUGAUUUGAAUCUAAAUACAAUUACUAAUAAAAACUGUAGGAAAAAUACUGCACAGAAUUGUAUCACAAAAAAGCAAAAGCCCAUCGUAACAUCUGAAAAAAUAGUUAAAGUAUUUAAAGAAAUUCAAGAAACUCACAAAAAACAAAUAUUAGAACUGAUGGCACGCCAGCUUAAAGAACAAACUCGAAUGCAGGAAAAUUUUAAGAAGCAGCAAAUAUUGUUGCUAGCCCAAAUCAGAAAAGCAUUUCCUGAAAUUUCAAUUUCAGCACUAACAGAAGCUAUAUCAAGUAAGGGUACAGAACUUGUGCCUGAAAAUUUCAAAGUAGUAAAGACUAAGGCUCAUGGGAUACAAAACGAACAAGACAAUGGUAAACCUGAGCAAAAUGGAACUAAUUAUCAUAGUGACGAAAUACACUUUAAAUCAGUCCAAUGUUACAACUCUUCGAAAGAAAUAGCACCACAAGCAUGCAGUUCUACUAAUCAGCCAGCUGUGCCUAGUAUUUCUUCAUAUAAUCCAAUUUCUUGUCAACCUUCUCAAGUAUUUGAUGAAAAACUUACAAUUUUUAGUAGGCAUUCAGGUUUGUCAAAUUUAAAAGCAAUAGAUGACAUUCCAGUAGGAACAUCAGCGCACAGAAGUUGUAGUGUUAAUAGACAACUCCUUCCUUCUGAUGGCAAAAAUAAUUAUUCUUUUGUGUCAGAUAGUACUUUAUACACAGAAAAUCAUAUGAAAGCUGCCAGUAUAAUAAACGCAUACGCAAGAGGAUUUUUAGUUAGAAGGCUAAUGAAAAGUGAGAAAGUCAUAGCUUUAAAAAAUACUUAUAGAGAAGCUCUGCACUGUAUGUUAAAACUUCAUAUUGAUGCGCCGCUUAAGUUAGCAGAAUUAAAUUUUCAUCAAAGACUCCAACUGCAGUGUGAUGCUGCUUCUCUGAGCAUAGUAGACUUAUUUUCACAAAGUUCUGCUAAACGAAUGAAAAUUAUAGCUCAUGAUCGAGAAAUUAAAAAGGCUCGCUUAUAUAGGCCAAGCUCGGCUCAUACUUACUCUUUUGCCACCCAACGGACACUUGCUAGAAAAAAAAUGAAAGAAUUAGGUAUUUGUCCAAGUUUGCAAAAUUCAGUAAUGUCUCAGUCUUGUCCAGCAAGAACCAGAUGUCAAACAUGGACACCAAAUACAAAGGAAAAAAAAAUUACUACAAGUUUAAUAAAUCUAGAUUUGACCAUGACUAGGAGAAGAAAACCGACCUUGUCAGCAUUAGCCGACGGCAGUUCGCCAAUCAUAGCGGCGGCCGCGGCGAUGGCAGAGACCGUAGGGCGGGUGUUGGUUACGAAAUUGGGAAAAGGAUUGGGGAGAAGGGGUUGGAUAAGAGUGAGAUUACAUGGAGUCUGCCAAUCUGCAGACUGUCUGACUCCAUGUGAUCUCACCCUAAGAGAAAAUACGGAAUAG